AUAAUUGACCUUUCAUUAGAGAAAUCACAAGUAUUAAAACUCAUAGUCAAAGCCUCUCAACAAUUUGGUUUUUUCAAAGUUAUUAACCAUGGUGUCCCUGAAUUUGUUAUUAAAAGAAUGGAAGAUGAAAGUUAUAGUUUUUUUUCCAAACCUUUUUCCCAAAAAAAUUGUGCUGGUCCAGCAAAUCCUUAUGGCUAUGGCUGCAAGAACAUAGGGUUCAAUGGAGAUAAUGGAGAAGUUGAAUAUUUGAUACUUCAUGCUAACCCUUUGUCUAUCUCUCAAAUAUCGAAAACGGUUUCAAGCUAUCCAAUCUUGUUCAGGAGUGCAGUGAAUGAAUAUGUAGAUUCAAUGAGGGAAUUGGCAUGUGAGAUAUUAGAGCUGAUGGCACAAGGAUUGCAGGUCCUAGACACCUCAAUCUUCAGCAACCUUAUCAUGGACCUUAAUUCUGACUCUCUCUUAAGGCUCAAUCACUAUCCUCCAUUUAAUUGGACCCCACCACAACUCCAUCAUCAAAGGGACAUGUCACCUAUACGUAGAAUUGGGUUUGGAGAGCAUACUGACCCUCAGAUCUUGACAAUCUUAAGAUCCAACGAUGUAGCUGGCCUUCAAAUUUCACCUCAACAAGGAUUAUGGGUCCCUGUCUCACCUCAACCUUGUGCUGCUUUGUCUGUCUUUGUGGGUGACACUUUACAGGCUUUGACAAAUGGAAGGUUUAAGAGUGUGAGACAUAGGGCCAUGGUGAAUUCGUGCAAAACUAGGAUAUCAAUGGUCUAUUUUGGUGCCCCAUCACCCAAUGCCAGAAUAUGUUGUCCCUCAGAAUUGGUCAGUACGACACCACACAAACCUUAUCAUCUCUACAGGCCUUUCACUUGGGCUGAAUACAAGAAAGCUACUUAUUCUAGGAGACUUGGGGACACUCGUCUUCAAUUUUUCAGACUACAUUCAGAAAAUGAUGAAACAAUAAGCGAAUGAUAGCUUACAGUCUUACUUUUAUUGCAAAGAAUAUUAUGAUGGCUAGAAUGGGUUCUAUAUUAAUUAUAAUCCCCAAAGGGAGAUUUUGCACA